AUGACUGGUGCCUAUCCGCCGGGUCACUCUGAGAAUAACCCUUUCCCUGUUGGCAGUAAGCUGUGCGGGGGAGUGCAGAACCCGGGCGUCCUGACCCCAGCCAGCCUGCAGAUCGCCCAGCUCCAAGCCCAGCUCACCCUGCAGAGGCUCAAACUGGCGCAGACCGCCAUGGGAGGCAACGCAGCAGCGGCCGCCAGCGUGCUCAACCAGGUCCUCGCGAACGUCCCCAUCUCCCAACCGCUGCUCAACCAGCUGAGGAGCUCCGCCAUAACGACCGUCCCCCACGGUCAGGCCGGAGGACCGCAGCUGGUGUCCUCCUUCCCCACUGGUACCGGGGCCUUCCCCACACUCACCUCUGGCCUGGAGACGCUCGGAGGAGGAGGAGGUGUGGGAGGCCUUUCCGCUCAGAAUUCCCAGAGCUCCGGCCUGUUUCCAGGUGGUUUUCCACAGACCUCGCUGGGCCUGGGGGGCGGUACAAUGUUCCCCUCCGGCGCAGACAGGCCCAGUCAGUAUGGCUUCCUCUCCACGCCGACUAGCGCGGUGGCUAACAGCAGCGACGGUCGCAAUGCGCCGCCCAGCGCCCUGGCUAAAACCGGACCCCGACCCGGGUUCCAGAGGGAUCUUUACGGGACGUGUAGGCCGGACUCUCAGUCUGGGUUCGGUGGGGAGCAGAACCGGGAGGCUCCCAAAACCGGCUACCAUAAAGGCCAGCAGUGGGAAAGUCCAGCUAGUUUCUCCAACUCGGGGAAAGGCGAUACUGCCUCCGGUUCAGGGGGUGUGUGGGUCGGUUCGGGACAGCCUUUCCGCGGCUGUGAGCUGUACAACCCGGAGGAGCCCACUGCCGACGGCAAGUACGGUCACCCCGGCAGAGCGGACUACAGUGCCAGCUCCCAGGGGAUUGUGGGAAGCCAGCAGCCGAGGACUGGAGAAUUGUCUCUCUCUCGGGCUCCAACAGCCCUGCAGCCUCACCAGCGCAAUGACUUCCACGGGGUGACGCCAUCGCACCUACCGCACCACUGCACCAUCUGUGACAAGAAGGUCUUCAACCUCACGGACUGGGACCACCACGUCAAUGGAAAACUCCACCUGCAAAACCGCUCACUCUACACUGACAGCUCUUUCAGUGGGUCCGUUCAUUUCCCACCGUUUUCUUCCGGAUGCUUCUCCUCUACGACAAAUAACUCCAUGUCCUUUUCCUCCGCUGGCCAAGACAUAUCCCCAGGACCCAACCCUGUGUACUUACCCUCUGCACCAAUGAAAACACAGGAUGUGACAGGAAAUGGAUUUACAUCAUCUCAGACGGGGUCAAAGUUUCCACAGAGAAAGACCCACUUCAGUGGCCGAGUGGUUCACAUCUGCAAUCUUCCAGAGGGCAGUACGGAGAACGAUGUCAUCAACCUGGGUCUUCCGUUUGGCAAAGUUACCAAUUACAUCCUAAUGCGGUCCACCUACCAGGCUUUCCUGGAGAUGGCUUUUAUGGAGGCAGCGCAAGCUAUGGUUCAGUAUUACCAGCUGAACCCAGCCACGAUCAACGAUCAGAAGCUUCUCAUCCGAAUGUCAAAGAGAUACCAAGAGCUACAGCUCAAGAAACCAGGGAAGGAUGUGGAGUCGAUCAUUCAAGAUAUUAAUUCCCAGAGGGAAAGAGAGGAGGUUGAGUGCUACCCUCAGGAACGGGCCAGGUCCCGCAGCCCCAUCCCACGGCCCCUGAGCCCACGGCCCCACAGCCCUGGCUACGCCUCCUGUGGCUCUGCACACAGCCCCCAGGGGGCAGGCUGGGGCGAGCGAGCAGGGAAACACUGGGACUGGUCCAGUCAUGACCGCUGGGAGGAGGAGCGGGGGGAGUCCAGCUGGAGGAACGGGGAGCGGGGGGAGGACUGCUGGAGGAACGAGGACAGGAACGGGGGGGACCCACCCAACGACAGCUGGCCGCACGACCACAGGAAGUCCCGCCCCAAGCCGACAGACAGGUGGAGCUCCAGGAUGGAUGACCGGAGAGGGAGCAGAGAGAGGUACCCCAGGAGCAGCCCUCCGGACCGGGCCUCACCGUACAGGAGCAAAGACGAGGACUUUUACAAAAUGGCCGACUGGUCGCCCAGACAUCACCAGCACAGUGAGGGACGAGCGAAGAGAAGGGACGUCGAGGGGCUCCACAGGGCCCGGCAGGCUGAGCCAGAGGCCCCUGAGGCUGCCACGAGGACACUAGACGACAGGAAGUCGGGCUCCCCAGUCAGGGGCCGCAGCAGGAAGCAGAGCCCGAAGCAGGAAAUUGAGAAGGAGGAAGAAUCUGAAAAUCAGGUAGAGGCCAGUAUGGAGCAGCCAUUGAAGGAGAAGUCUGUAUCUCCUCGCAGAAAAAUCAAGCAAGUGGAUGAGCCGGAAUCUGAGAGAGGCAGAGACAGUGAGGGAGAAGGAGGGAGGACGGACAGUGACAUAGAGGAGGAGAGCUGGUACCCCCAGAACAUGGAGGAGCUGGUGACCGUGGACGAGGUGGGGGGGGAGGACGAUGACAUAAUCGAACCCGAUCUCCCGCAGCUCCUGGAAAAGCCCGCGGCCCAGAAUGUGGCCAUGGGGGACGCCCGGGCAGAAGAUGGUGGGCGCCCUGGGGAAGAGGGCAUCCAGAGUGGCGACACACAGGAGGACAGCCUGAAGCCCCCUCCACAGGAGCCUGCGGCGAAAACAUCCGGAACACACCCGGAAGACCAGACGCCCGCUCCAGCCUUAACGAUGGAGGAGCCAAGCUCCGAUCAGAGCAGCUCUCCCAGUGAAGAUCCUCAGGCCAUCUCUGAAGAGCCACGUUCUCACACAGAUGCAGCUAACGUCCAGCCCCCUCAAGAGAGCCCUAAUCACACGGACAGUAUGCCUUCAGACACCCCCAUCAGCUGCGUGGCAAACCAGUCCACUCAAAUCACUAAGGCAACUGACAAAGAAGUUCAUGACCAGGAUGUACACUUUGCAGACAUUCCACUGAAAGACACCUGCAGAGCGCCCCAGCCAGCUCCCAGCAGUGCAGAUGUAGACCAGACAGGCCUACAUGAUAAAGCUGUGAGUGAGCACAGCAUCCCACUAGGCGUGGAGUUUGUGGUCCCGAGGAGCGGAUUUUUCUGCAAGCUGUGCGGCCUGUUCUACACCAGCGAGGAGACAGCCAAGAUUGCCCACUGUCGAAGUGUGGUGCAUUACAAGAACCUGCAGAAAUAUCUGUCCCAGUUAGCUACUGGCAGCUUGGAUGGCAUGGACACAAGCUCUGCCAACAGAGAGGAGCCUUGUCUUGUACCUCACUCAAAGGAGAAAAACUGUCCUGCUGGUGAUGAGCUAAACUAA